AUUAAUGACAUGCCAUGCUAACAUGAUGGCCUUUUCCCCCCAACCUUUUCCUCACUCAACUUCAUCCACACCACUCCUUCUCCUUCCCCUGUUUUUUCUAUCACUCAUACACUAACACAUUUUCUUUCUCUGUCACUUCUAUGCUCAUUCAAUAAAACAUUCCAAAAAUGGCCUUUCUUUCUCUUUCACUUCUUCCUUCUAAUUCUUUCCCUUUUCUAUCUACUCAUCCAUUUCUUCAAAACCCACAUAAUUUUAAACCCAUUAACCAAUUCUCACUAACUUACUCCCCUCCAAAAUUCACACUAACCCACCUCAAAAAACACAAUCUUUCAUCAACCCAAAUAUUCUCUAGUGGUGGAAAUGGAGGAGGAAUUCAUGGUGGGGGAAAUGAUGGUGGUGGUGGCGGAGGCGGCGGCGGUGGAGAUGAUGGUGCAGAGGGGAAAAACAGAGAAGAAGCAUUUUUAGUAAUGGCUGAAGUUGGAAGAUCUUUAGAUAGUUUGCCUAAAGAUUUAGCUUCUGCUGUUGAUGCUGGUCGGACUCCGGGCUCGAUUCUUGGACGUUUCUUUGAGCUUGAGAAGUCUCCGGUGUUCCGGUGGUUGCUUCAGUUUGGUGGGUUUAAAGAGAGAUUGCUUGCUGAUGAUCUUUUCUUGACUAAAGUUGGAAUUGAAUGUGGUAUUGGAAUUUUCACUAAGACGGCUGCAGAGUUGCAGAAACGAAAGGAAAACUUCAAAAAAGAACUUGACUUUGUAACAGCUGAUGUCAUAAUGGCUCUGGUUGCAGAUUUCUUGCUUGUCUGGCUUCCUGCACCCACGAUUUCAUUGCGACCUCCUCUGGCAGUCACUGUAGGACCUGUCGCCAGGUUUUUCUACGGCUGUCCAGACAAUGCGUUUCAGAUUGCUGUUGCAGGAACUAAAUAUUCAUCUCUACAAAGAAUCGGUGCUUUAUUGCGUAAUGGUGCAAAGCUUUUUGCUGUCGGAACCAGUUCAUCUGUGAUUGGUACCGGGAUUACAAAUCUGUUAAUCAACGUACGAAAGGCUGUCGACAAGUCAUUCUCGAGAGAAGCAGAAGAUAUUCCAAUGCUAGCAACUAGCAUUGCCUAUGGUGUUUAUUUAUCAGUUUCUGCUAAUCUUAGGUACCAACUGAUAGCCGGAGUGAUUGAACAACGGAUUUUGGAGCCAUUCCUUCAUGAUCGUAAGCUUGUAUUGAGUGCGCUUUGCUUUGCAGUUCGGACUGGAAACACAUUUUUGGGCUCAUUGAUGUGGGUGGACUUUGCUCGUCUCAUCGGAGUUCAAAGGGCUCGAGAUUAACAUACAUAUUAGCUAUGGAUCGUUUUGGUGCUGAUCCAACGCAGCAUUUUUUUGCUUAUUGUUUCGACUACAACCUAAUUCGUUGGCAAAUAGUCGUAAAAUGUAGGAUGCAAAAUCAUAGUCCUGCAGAUAGGCCAUUCCAAUUCCAGCAUUGUAGAUUUACCUUAUUCUUAAGUUGGAGAUCAUGCAAGGGAUGAUAGUAGUAUCUGUGUAUUGGAUAGUCCUGUAGUUCGUAUGCAAUGUUCAUUUAUUUUUGAGAGGGAAACUUGGUAAUGAUAUUGAUCUUUGCAACUGAUCAAGAAGAUUUUACGUUAACCAUA